AUGUCGUCAACAAGAUCCUUUAUAUCUUCAUUGAGUAUGGGUGGGAGUAUUGCUAAUCGAAACGCAGAUCAAAUCUCUUAUCACCACAAGAGAAAGUGUUCUAGAAGUGAAGAACAGGGUAUCAAGAUUCCUGCUACAAGUAACAAGUUAGCUGAUAUCCCACCCGAUGAAUAUUCUUGGAGGAAAUACGGUCAGAAGCCAAUCAAAGGGGAUACUAUAAUGAGAGGGUGUCCUUCGAGGAAACACGUGGUGAGAUGCUCGGAAGAUUCCUCGAUGCUAAUUGUCACUUAUGAAGGUGAACAAAAUCACCCUAAGUUACCUUCACAGUUAAUUGACACGUGA